AGCAGUGGUGACAGGAGGAGCUCAAUCUCCGGGGACGCUGGGCUGCUGCAGCACUGCUGGAGGGAUGCACUCAGUAUUGUAAACGAGACCACGCCCCUUUAACCGAGGCCACGCCCCUUUUCCACCCGCUGACGGCACAAGGGGGAUAACAGGGUACAGUCCGGAUGUCACCAAGUCCAGGUGACGCCUCUGACCAGGAGAACACCAUCAUGAGAACACCUCCAUCGAAGAAUGGGUUUCAGAGAAGACUCCAAGGUAUGGCUCAUCAGCGUAUACCUGAACACUUGAAAGGCUCGGACUCAAAUUGCUGUGAUAUGUAGAGGGAUUCUAUGGCGUGCAUGGAGCUUCAUCACAUGAACGGACAGCCACAAAUACUAGACGAGUGCAACAACGAAGACUGGGGUUACAACGUCAAAGACCCAAAGACCUUUUGUUAUGAAAAUCAUUGCUUGGCUCCUGCCUUGUCACCAGAUCAAUACGAGUCUAUAUCUUUAGCAACAUCAGAUGAUGUGUCAGGUCCAAAACUAUCGCAAGAAGAUUAUGGCAAAGAUAGAAGAAAGGCUUGCUGCGUUGAUGAAGUCGAAACAUCUUUUACGUAUGUCGACGAAAACGUAAACAUAGAACUUGUGACCCAUCCAACUUUUAAGAAUGGCCAUGGGCACCAACAUCACCCCACUGAUCGAGAAAUCCAGCAAGACGGCAUCCAUGAAGCCUCUAUAAUGUCCGAUGAUGAGGCUACAUCAGAGGCCUCCGGGAAGUCUGUAGAUUACGGAUUCAUCAGCGCGGUGACGUUCCUGAUCACUGGGAUUCUUCUCGUCAUAAUUUCAUACCUGGUGCCCAGAGACAGGUCUGAUCCAAACUCCAUCACGGCCCGAGAAAUGGAACAAAUCGAGAAGAGAAAUGCAAUUAUCGGCACACACUUGGAUAGGUGUGUGAUUGCCGGGCUGUGUCUACUAACUCUUGGCGGUGUUGUAUUGUCCAUUCUAUUGAUGAUAUCCAUGUGGAAAGGGGAACUCUACAGGAGAAAGGCAUUUGCCUCUAAAGACUCUGCCAAACUGUAUGGCUCAAUUAAUUUUAACCAUUCAAAGUCUGGCGGCAAUGAGAAUACAUUGGUGCAGGAGGAAACUAUUGACAUAGUUAAUUAACGUUACCAAGUUUUAUUUGGUUUUUAUAAAUUUUCUUCACAAGCAGUAAAUUAUUUGCACUCUGUAGUGGGUAAAAUUGAACUUUAAGCCAAUAUCGGAAAGACUAGUUAAAGCAGUCAAGUGGCAGGGUUUUUUUUUUAUAGGGUCCUAGAGACCUAGCUAAGGUAUAUGUAAUAAAAGGAAAUGGUUGAAUCUGUAUGGAGGAAAAUGAAACUAAGUAUUUGUGCCUUCAUAUGAAACAUCUACUACUAGCGGGAACAGAUUCCAUAAAUUUGUAUCUACUAUAAUAUUGUCAUAAAAUCUUCAGAAUUGAAAAGGACAGAGGCACAUUUCAUAGAAGUCCCACUUUUCUGCUGGGAAGACCAUAGGAUUCUAUUAUGGCUGAUUACUCAAGAAAAUAAUGGCAUAUAUUCAGGGUUCACAUUCAACUGACUGUAUCGUACAUUUGGUUUUGUUAUUGAUAUUAUUUUAGACUUACAGUAUGAAUCCAUGUAACCCAGGAUUAAGCAAUCUGUUGGCUGGCAAAACUUGCUGGGACUAAUAGUUCUGCAAAAUCUCAAAAGUAGAGAUGAGUGGUUCGGUUUUGACUUGGUUAUGUUUAGAUCUGAAAAUGUCCUCUUAUUGGCUAUCCGUCUCUCGCGUGUUUUGGAUAGCCAAUAAGAUGACUUUUUCCGAUCUGAACUUGUGCUACGUUUUCACGAAAAUGGCAAAACCGAACAACUUAUCUUUACAUAAAAGCCACAAUUUGCCAAACCGCGGAUCACUUGGAUGUGAAAAACUAAAAACAUAUGCAACCGCUAGACAGGUCCUCAUCAGCUCUAGAUAUCCACACACAGAGGCCGUGUUCCUGUUAUGCCCACUACAAAAGUGAGUAUUGAGGGCAUUAAUUAAAGUACACUAACAUCACAUUCUGGCACAGAUCCUGAUGAGAGGGUGCCAUAGGUCUGUAUAAAGUGCACAGCACCAUGUAUAGAUUUGGUUUACAUACAUUUGCGAUUUAAUGUACACUGUAUAUAUUGUAUUUAUACCUUGUAUAUAGGCGCCAUAGCCUUUUUGUGCCUCAUCGGUUGCGGUUUAUACUUGUACUCUAUUGUUACAGUGCCUGUGUUAUGUUACGAUGCAAAUCAGUGGGGCAUCCAAAGGCGGGUGGGAGAUAGGGGUCGAUGUAAGACGUUCAUAUAUCUAGUAAGUAAGGGGUUAAAAUAAACCUGUGUUUGGGCUGA